AUGGGUCCAGGGAAUGGAACUGCAGUUACUGAGUUCAUCCUAGACGGCUUCUCAGGGCUCACCCAAAGACUGCAGCUAUUUCUCUCUCUGGUCAUUCUGCUCAUGUACCUGACAACAGUGAUCGGGAAUGCAACCAUCAUCUUCCUUGUGUGUGUGGAUCACCACCUGCAAACCCCUAUGUACUUUUUCAUCAGCAAUUUGGCCUUCCUGGAAAUCUGGUUCACAUCCUCCACAAGUAUCAAUUUGUUUGUGAUCCUGGGUUUUGGAAGGAGAACGAUUUCACUAGGCACCUGCUUUGCUCAAUCCUAUUUCUGUUUUGCCCUGGGCUGUACAGAGUUUGUUCUGCUUGUUGUCAUGUCCUUUGAUCGCUAUGUUGCUAUCUGCCAACCUUUGCAUUAUGCUGCCAUCAUGAAGCCUCAGCUCUGCAUCUACUUAGUUGUUGCAGCUUGGGUCAUAAGCCUCACACUCUUCAGUUACCGCCUGGUUCUCCUCUAUCAGUUGACUUUCUGUGGCUCAAACAAGAUCCACCAUUUCUUCUGUGACAACUCCCCCUUAUUCAAACUGUCCUGCUCUGACACCAGUCUGCUUUGGAAAACAGACUCUGUUUUAGCAUCAUUUGUCGUCCUGGGUUCUUUAUGUUUAACUCUGGCAUCCUACAUGCGCAUCCUUUAUUGUAUACUGAACCUUCCAGCAGCCUCUGGGAGGAAGAAAGCUUUUACCACAUGUUCUUCCCAUCUCACCACCUUAGCUAUCGUAUAUGGGAGCUGCAUUGCUCUCUAUGCAUGUCCUUCAGGAGAUGUUCCCUUAGAGACCAACAGAAUUGUAGCUUUGCUGAACACUGUUCUGUACCCAUUCUUAAAUCCCUUCAUCUACAGUCUUAGAAACAAGACUGUGAUACAGGCCCUGAACAAAGCCAUCGCCCAUGCAACAAUGCAGCUUUUCCACUUAUUGCGAUGCAUUUCUGGACAGCGAUUCCACUGAUCUGCUGUCAUACUUCCAAUAAUAUCAGUGCCUGUGUAUGGGCCUCCAAAUCUGCCUCGACACUGAGCAAUGCACUUGUCUGUCCACCGGGGUGGUCUCUACCUUCGUCCGGAACGGGGCUGGUAUUGAGGGGCACUUACUGAGCAGAGUGAGUGCCUGAGCUCAGCUGCAGGAGGGAUCCACCCUGCACAGCUCUACGUAGAGACUGGAUUUUGUCUAG